AUGUCCUCCAUGCCACCGGAGCAAGUCAAUAGCCAAUAUAAAGGCACAGCGUCUAUGUUCAAUCAGCAAAACCCCGCGACCUCCGCAAGCUCCUCCAAGCCCGCCGGAGACGAUGACUCGAAAGCCCCAUUGCCCAAGGGUGUAGUCCUGGACAAAGACGGAAAGCCCUGCCGCACCUGCACCUCCGUCGCCUCAUGGCGAGCAUUGACCAAGCAAGCCGACCUCAAAAGCACAAACCCAAGCUCUACCUCAUCCUCCACGUCGAACACAAGCAAAAUGACAACCUCAACUCCCACCCUCGCCGCUGCUGCAACCCCCUCACCCAGUGAAAUUCCCUCAAACUGCCCGCCAGACGUCGAAGAGCUAGGGCGCUCAACAUGGACACUACUGCACUCGAUGGCAGCCACAUACCCCGAAAAGGCAAACAUGGAUCACCAGGCUAAUAUGAGUGGGUUCUUGAAGUUCUUCGCGAAGCUGUACCCAUGCUGGGUGUGUGCGGAUGAUUUCCAGGCAUGGAUGGCGCAUCCGAGUGGACGGAAUCAGCCGAAACUGGAGAGUCGGAAGGAGUUUGGGUGGUGGAUGUGUGAGGCGCAUAAUGAGGUUAAUCGGAAGCUUGGGAAGAAGGAGUUUGAUUGUAGGCUUUGGGAGGAGAGAUGGCGGACUGGGUGGAAGGAUGGUCGGUGUGAUUGA